UUCCUCCUUAACCUCGGCGACGAUCCCUGUCUGUGACAGCCGGAUGCAGCUCCUCCCACUUCCUGCCCUCACCGGGACAGAGACUUCAAUGGAUACGAACAAGGGAAGGAAACGCAGUUUGACGACCUUCCCAAUUUUGAAAGCAAGGAAGAAGCAGAGUUUCACCUCUGUGAAGGUUGAGAGUAAGCCCUUGGUUCAAUUCCAGAAGCCAUCCUCCAAGACCAAGAAGCUGAGAGUGAACCAAUGUUCACAAAAGAUUCCAAGUGCCGGCAACACUGCAUUCCCUUUUGUGGACUCAAAGGGGAAGAGGAACACAGUAAACUUCCCCCACAUUGGCAACAAAGUCCUAUCAAAGGGGCCCAUGGUGUAUCAGGAAAAUCAAAUUCAUAAUCAAGUGCUAUCCUCUGAACUCAAGACUUCAGAAAUACCUUUCAGCUUUAACACAAAAGCCCAAGACACCAAGCCUCAUCCAGAACUACAGAAGAGGCACAAAGUCCCUCUUACAGCAGCAGAGGCCCUAAAGUUUUUUAAGAAUCAGCUGUCCCCUUAUGAGCAAAGUGAAAUCCUGGGCUACUCAGAGCUGUGGUUCCUGGGGCUUGAAGCCAACAAGCUCAACGUGAUUCCAGAGAAAUUCAGCAAGACAAGCUUUGAUGACGAGCACGGUUCCUAUAUGAAGGUCCUGCAUGACCACAUUGCCUACCGAUAUGAGGUUCUGGAGAUGAUUGGGAAAGGGUCCUUUGGACAGGUGGCCAAGUGCUUGGAUCACAAAAACAAUGAGUUGGUGGCCCUGAAAAUCAUCAGGAACAAAAGGAGAUUUCAUCAUCAGGCUCUAGUGGAGCUGAAGAUCCUGGAGGCCCUCAGAAGGAAGGACAAAGACAACACCCACAAUGUGGUCCACAUGAAGGACUUCUUCUACUUCCGGAAUCACCUCUGUAUCACCUUUGAACUCCUGGGAAUCAACCUGUAUGAGUUGAUGAAGAACAAUAGUUUUCAAGGCUUCAGUCUGUCCAUAGUUCGGCGGUUCACCCUUUCCGUUUUGAAAUGCUUACAAAUGCUUUAUGUCGAGAAAAUCAUCCACUGUGACCUCAAGCCAGAAAAUAUUGUGCUAUACCAGCGGGGCCAAGUCACUGUUAAAGUUAUUGACUUUGGGUCAAGCUGCUAUGAACACCAGAAAGUGUAUACAUACAUCCAAAGCCGGUUCUACCGAUCCCCUGAGGUGAUUCUGGGCCACCCCUACAACAUGGCCAUUGAUAUGUGGAGCCUGGGCUGCAUCAUGGCGGAGCUGUACACUGGAUACCCGCUGUUCCCUGGAGAGAACGAGGUGGAACAGCUGGCUUGCAUCAUGGAGGUGCUGGGCCUGCCACCUGCCCACCUUGUCCAGACAGCCUCCAGGAGACAGAUAUUCUUUGAUUCCAAAGGUCUUCCCAAAAAUAUAACCAACAACAGAGGGGGAAAAAGAUACCCAGAUUCCAAGGAUCUCACGAUGGUGGUGAAAACCUACGAUUCCAGCUUCCUGGACUUUCUCAGAAGGUGUUUGGUGUGGGAGCCUUCUCUGCGCAUGACCCCUGACCAGGCCCUCAAGCAUGCCUGGAUUCAUGAGCCAAGGAAAUUCAAACCACGGCCCAGGCCACAGACAGUAAGGAAGCCUGGUGUCAGUAUUUCCUCUGAGAUAAGCAAGGAGAAAACUGAAGAGCAACAUACCAACAAAGGCAAAAAAGAUGAGACCACCAAAGAAACUACAGACAAAUUGAAAGACGAAGCUGAGAAACACCUUGAGAAUUCGGGCAAACAGCAGAGCUCUAUCCAGCACACAGCAGACACCGUCCAGCUACCUCAUCUAGCAGAAGCUUCUGGAAAGCCAGAGACUGUUGCUGGGUCAGAGAUGUCCACAGAACAACAGAGCACCUCCUCCCCCAAGAGCACAAACAUUUUACCAGCCAUCAUGUGACCCCUGUGGAGGGCGUGUCCUGUUCCCCUCCGCCAUCGAUUUGUAUGAGAGAAGGCACUUUGAUUGUACAAUACUUCACAUUGCUUUUUUAAUGCAUAAAGGUUUGUAAGAAAAAUCA